AUGCUAAAACAAGUCCAUAUUACUCCUGAUAACCACUCUAUUGAUGAUGAAGAGGGGUGUGUCUCAGUCGUGGGGGAGAUUCCAACUGUUCGAAGUCAGUCCUAUCGUGAAAUAGGAAUGCUUGCCUACUCUUCACUUGGUGCCAUUUAUGGAGAUAUUGCAACAUCUCCCUUGUAUGUGUUGAACUCCAUCAAGUACCACCAUUCUCCACCAAAUCGUGAAGACAUUUACGGUGCGGUAUCGUUGAUCUUCUACUUAUUUUUAUUUGUUGUGCUCAUCAAGUAUUCGUUGAUUGUAUUGACUUUUGGUCCUAACGAAGGUGAAGGUGGUCAGGUUGCAAUUUAUGCAAAGAUUGCCAGGUGUUUGAGAUUUGGUCCCAAGGGUGUCAUCAUCCCAGGAUCACCAGAAAAGUCUGAUCUUGAGUUACUUAAAAGAACCGAUACAACAUCAAGCUUUAUGUCUUCCAAGACGACAAACUCGGUAUGGAAACAGAAUCCAUCUGUUCUCAAGUUCAUCUCCAUUUUGACUCUUUUCUGUUGCUUCCUCGGUUGUUCUCUUGUCAUUUCGGAUGGAUUGUUAACUCCUACGACCUCUGUGUUGAGUGCUGUCGCUGGUAUUCAGGUUGCCAACCCAUCGUUCACAAAUGUGUUGGCUGUCUCUGAAGUAGUGCUUAUUGUCUUGUUUGUCAUUCAGCAGUUGGGAUCGCAUAAGAUUUCUCAUGUUUUCGCACCCAUUGUUCUCUUGUGGUUGAUUGGCUUGGUGAUCUGUGGAGUGAUCAACAUAAGUCACCAUCCAGCCAUUCUUAAGAGUUUGUCACCUUACUACGCCAUCCAGUUGCUCAGAAACGCAGGUAUUGAUGCUCUUGGUGGCGCUAUGUUGGCCAUCACAGGAACUGAGGCUAUGUUUGCAGAUUUGGGCCACUUCGGUAAGGUGCCCUGCCAGAUUGGUAUCACCUUUGUCUUCAUCUGCCUCAUGAUCACAUACUUGGGACAAGGUGCUUACCUGGUAAAUCAUGCAGAUGAAAUUGCUAACGUUUUCUAUGUUUCAAUUCCCGGAGGUGUGAAUGGAAAAUUUUACUGGGUAAUGUUCGUUUUGGCAACAUUGAGUACCAUUAUUGCUUCGCAGGCAUUAAUUCUAGGUGUGUUCAGUAUCUUAUCUCAAAUGAUCAACUUGGACUGUUUCCCAAAGCUUCGUGUGAUCCAUGUUUCUUCAUCAUAUGCUGGAAAAGUGUACAUUCCUGCCGCCAAUCUUCUUCUUCUUAUCGGAGUUGUGGGAGCAACUGCUGGAUUCAAGAACUCCAAUAACGUGACGUCAGCCUAUGGUUUGGGAAUCUCUCUUGACUUUUUGGUCACAUCAACAUUGAUGGUCAUUUGCAUGAUCUACGUUUAUGAGUUCAAGUGGUGGAUACCGUUAGUAUUCUGCCUCAUAUUCGUACCUUUGGAACUCUGCUUGGUUAUUGCCAACUUGAAGAAAGUGCCGCAUGGUGGUUGGUUUCCCUUAAUGAUGUGUAGCAUUUUUUUCGGCUUCUUCUCUUUUUGGAGAUACUGUCGUGACAGAACCGUGAAUGAACAGCUCAAUUCCCGGGUUCGUAUAGCUGACCUUUUUCCAAGAUAUAAAAGGAAACUAGCACCCGAGGUGGUUGAUUUGAAGCAUAGAGGUACCGGAGUCUUCGAAGUUGGAACAGACAAUCAAAUAGGCACUAAAGCUGAGAAUGCAACUGAGAUCGACACUGGAAAUGAAAUUCUCACUGAAACUGGCAAUGACAUGAGUACUGAAGAUGAUGCCAUCGAUCUCGGAAGUGAAGUCAACGGUAUGAAUAUUGGAAGCACCCAGAUUGAUGAGUCUAGUCUGGAUAAAGAAGAAAUGGACAUUUUCCAAACCCUACGCUGGAAGGAAGAUACUAACACAGAUGUGUUCACGAAUGUUGCCUCUAGAUAUGGUGAAGCCAGACUAGCCACUCAUCCAGGUAUCGCCAUCAUCUACUCCGAUACUCCACAUCAAGAUUUGGCUUCUCCCAGCACAGUUCCUAGCGUGUACGCAAAAAUCAUCUCGAACUUUGCCUCGGUGCCUUCGGUGGUGAUUUUCACCACCAUUCGAGUGCUCUCCAUUCCCGCGGUUGAAGCAAGUGAGAAGAUCCUAGUGGGAGCUACCAAGAUCCCUGGUCACUACAAAUGUGUUCUUCGAUUUGGUUUUAUGGAAGAAGUCGUCAUUGAUGAUCAGUUAACCAACCAGAUUGUGGAGCAAUUUGUGGAUGCUCGUAUUAACAAAGAGACCUCUAUUCUUCACAUCUUUGAGACCAACAAGAUCCGCAGUCACCAUUACCUUGGCGAGGAGUUUGCUACAAAGAAUCCGUUCAAGUUGCUCCUGCGGUAUGCACGGACUUUCAUGAUCGACCAAGUGUUCAGUCCUCUUAACUCCAUCUUUCGCUUCAAUGAUCUGUAUGUACGUAUCGUUGAUGAAGAAGAGGAGAGUAAAGAGAAGCUCUUCAUUGGAAACGUCAUGCGGAUAUGA